AUGGCGGCCGCUGCUGCUCCGGGCCCGGCAGGACAAACGCCGGCGCCGGGCUCGGCGGACCCGGGUUACGCCUCGUUGUCUGUGCACGGCUCCGGGUCCGGGUCCGUCCCCGAGGCCCUGCCGUGGCUCGACGCAACGAUGGACACCGCAGCAGACGACGCCUCUGCCUCUGCCUUUGCACAACGCGCCAUCAUCACCACCGCCGCGGCAACGGCAACGCCGGCGACCACGACGACAAGCACCGGCACCCCCCGUCCGCGGCCGCUCUUCACGCAAGACGCGGUCCGCACGCUGCGCCGCUGGUUCGCCGCCAACAAGCACCACCCCUACCCGACGCGCGAUGACAAGGACGCCCUCUGCGCCCUGACCGGCCUCGACGUCGUCCAGGUCGCCAACUGGUUCGCCAACGCCCGCCGCCGGCGCAUCAAGGUCGGGAGCCCGCCCCCGCCACCGUCGUCUGCUGCCGCGGCGGCGUCCAGCGCGCGGUUCGUACAUGCGCAGAUCAGCAGGCAGCAGUCAGGCUCAUCGUCCCCGGCGUCUCCGUUGCGGGAAGCUGUCGAUGGCGCUGCUACUGUUGCUGUUGCUGCGGCGCCCAUCGACGUCAUCGUGCCGCCGCGCCGCGCCGCGACGCCGGGCAUAUUCGAGGACAUGAUGGAUCCGCUGCAGCGUUGGGCCAACUCCCCGCCCGAGGACGAGCCCGCCGCCGCGACGGCCAUCUACCGCGCCGCCAACGAGCCGUUUUACGCAUCGAGCACCGCCUCGCGCUCCGCGUAUUACCUUUCCGACGACGGGUCCAGCGCGUCCGCCAGCAACCGCUCCUCGCUGAGCCGCCACGGCGACAACAGCAACCCGCCCAGCGAAGGGUCCGUCGCCUCGUCCCGCUCCUCGAGCUUUGGCGUGCCCCCCUCGCCGCUGGACUACCAGAACCAGAAUCAGCAGCAACAGCGGCGGCAUCACCAGCACCGCCGGCGCCGCCGCAGAAGGAGGCACCAGGCCCUCCUCCCGCCGCGGCAGUCGACGCUCGGGCGGCCCUCGCGCGGCGUCUUCCAGUGCACGUUUUGCGUCGAGGAGUUUCGCACAAAGUACGACUGGCAGCGGCACGAGAAAACGUGGCACCUGCCGCUGGACCGGUGGGUGUGCACGCCCACGGGCCCCCUGGCCGUGCGACAGCACCACCACCAUCAUCGUCGCUCCGACGGGGACCAUGGGGAUGAUGAUGGUGGUGGUGAGGGCGGCGGCGGCCAAGGGCACGGCAACAACAACAACAACAACGGCAGCGGCGACACAACGCUCGUGUGCGUCUUCUGCGGCGAAGAGGGCCCCGACGCGGCGCACGUCGAGUCGCACAACUUUUCGCUCUGCAACCGCCGCGCCGUGGACGAGCGCACCUUCUACCGGCGCGACCACCUGAUGCAGCACCUGCGGCUGGUGCACCGCGUGGGCGCGGGCGUCCCCGGCGCGGCGUUUGACGAGUGGAAGGCCGCGGCGCCGCCGAUCCGCUCGCGGUGCGGCUUCUGCGGGCGGUGCCUCGACGACUGGGCCAUGCGCGUCGAGCACCUGGGCGAGCACUUCAAGGCGGGGAGCACGAUGCGCGACUGGGUCGGCGACUGGGGGUUUGACCCGGCGGUGCUGCAGACGAUUGAGAACUCGAUGCCGCCGUAUCUCCUCGACUACGAGCGCAACUCCCCCCUUCCCUACAAGGCCGGCGGCGCCUCCCCCUGGACGCCCUCGACGGCCUACGACCUGCUCAAGAUGGAGCUCCAGUACUGGAUCAUGAACCACCUCGACGCCGCGGGCGACCAGCCCCCCGACGCCGACAUCCAGCGCGAGGCCUGCCGCGUCAUCCUCAGCGCCGACCUCGCCGGCGGCGCGGCCUCCGCCUCCGCCUCCGCUUCCAUGUCCUCGGCCGCUCCACCAGCAGCCAGACCAUCCGCCCCAGCACCAACAUCAUCAACGGCUGGACCAUCAGCAUCAGCAUCAGCGGGAACCGCGGCGGCACCGACAAAACCAAGCCCCUCGUGGCUGCGCGACCUCGCCACCGCCUCGCCCGAGAUCCUCCAGGGCGCCAUGCUGCAGACGGUGCGCGGCCAGGCCGAGAACCGCCUCACCACGCUGCGCAUCAACGGCAAGGACGACAUCUUUGAGGGGUGCGAGCUCGAGCGCCGCCUGCGGGCCGCCGUUGCGCGCGCGGCGCGUCUGAGGCCCGCGCCACUGUCGGACCGCGAGAUGCAGGCCGAGGCGGCGCGCAUCGUGCGCCUGACGGAGGAGCGGUCGAGCGCGCCGUCGGAUGUGGUGGCCGGGUGGCUGCUGAGGAUGAUUUAUGCGUCGACGGAGUGGCUAGAGGGGGUGAAGGGCCGGGCGUUGGGGCAGAUGGGGGAGGAUGAGCACCAGGAGGAGGAUGGCGAUGGGGAAGAUGAGCGUCACCAGUUGGAUGGGACGGAUCUUGACGUUGCGGCGCUGGGGGCGCGGAUGGAUCUCCUCUUGCCGGGGGGUCAUCAGGGGUUGACUACCGACGGCAUCGUCGCUCCCACCGCCGUGUUCCCUCCCCUCAAUCCUCUCCCGACGACCGACGACAUGGACCUCUUCUGGGCGCUCGACCUCCCCGCCGACGACGCCGUCACCCAACCGCCCUUCAUCAGUAACACCACAACCACAACACCACCGCACGAGGAGGAGCAAUCCCGCCUCUACCAGCUCCACACCAUGAACAACCCGCACCGCGGCCGACACCAUCCCCUCCUUGCCACCACCAGCGCUGCCACUGCUACCACCACCGCCACCACAACAGCGGCCGGUAUGGCCCUAGCAUCCACGACGACGACGUCGCGAUCCUCACCCGCGGGCAGCACCACGGCAAGCGGACCCCACGGGCACCACUCGCAGCUGGCCGCCGCAGUCACGGCGUCGACGCGCCCGCCCUACUUCCCCAACGACGCCAACGCGUACCGCCGCCUGGCGCACGACCUGGCGCGCUUCGUGGCCGCGGCCGUGUCGGACAAGAACCCGAAUAGGCACGUGCCGAGCGACGAGGAGAUUCAGUACCAGGCGCGGUGGCUCGAGUUUGACGACGACGACCCGUGGAACCAGACGGCGGCGGAUAACCCCGAGUGGCUGAUGCGGUUCAAGCGCGACGUGGGCUUGCUGCCGCAGGAGUCGGGCCCCGGAUUGGGGCUGGGGUACUUUGUCGCGGCGCGGCCGAGGUGA